UUUUUCACCCAUGUUUUCCAUUUAUAACUAUAAAAAGCAUCUGUGAAGUGUCAAAACAAUACCUUGGUACUCUUAUUUAAUUACUGUAAUAAUCAUGACAUUGUUUAAGUAACUUGAUCUGGUUUUGAUUAAUUAUUACUCUGUUCUUCUGUUACAUGUCCGGAUAGUGUCAUGUGACCACCGCAGAAAGUCUUAACCAAUGAGAAGUUCCGUUGUGAACAGGGAGUAUUUUCAUUGUUCUGCCAUGUAGAGAGUUCGAAGAAGCAUUUGAAGAGAGGGCAGUUUUUCCAGCUACAGCUUUCCCCCAUCCCGGGGCGAGGCCAUUCUUUUCCACUUUCUCCUUUUUAUAGUUUAAUCUUAAGGUGCUUUCAGGAAGUAGAUUUACAUUGAUUGAAAACAAUGAGGCUGAUUUAAUUCAAGUCGGACGACCCUCAGUGUGCCCGCAAGGAAUGCAUCAGCAGCGGUGCGCUGGGCCAUAUCUCCAGUAAAUGCAGCCCGGCAAUCCAGAUGACCAGGGAGCUUCUGCACAGCUAAGUCACAGACUCGGUUGGACUUCACGUGCCAGCCCAGUUAGCAUAGAAACAUCCAUUCUUGGGAGUGUGCAUGGUUCAUCAUCUUGUGCAAUUCCUUUGUUUUGCUCCUGUUUUGGGUCUACUUCUGGCUUGUGGCUCAAAAUGACUUCAACGACUUCAACUGAUUUUAGCCCUUUUCCAUAUAUCUUUGGGUCAGCAGCUCAACCUGCACUGGGUUCACAAGAUUGGAGUGCUGGCUACACUGCUCACCACCAUCUCUGGUGUUGUCUCUGUUGAUGACAUUUGGCGAGAUGAAUGGAAUGUCCUGCUUGUAUCGCUACAGUCCACAGCACCUUUCUUGCACCUUGCGGCCCUGGUCAUGGUCACAGCGAUAAGCUGGCUGGUAGCUGGAUAUGUGGUACGCAAACAGAGAUCCAAUUUUCAGGUGAUGGUACUGGGGGUCUACAUUGUUAUUCACCUGGCUCUCUGCCUGGUACCACUGACAUUUACCUGUCCCUGCAUUAUGGACCGCAAAAUGCUUAAACCAGCACCGAGCAUCAUUGGUCAACGUGGAGCUCCCAUGUUGGCCCCUGAAAACACCAUGAUGUCCUUCAACAGAGCUCUGCAGCAUGGAGCCAGCUCCCUAGAAGCAGACAUCACCAUCAGAGUGACCCGUACUGGACAGUAAAAUCUCUGUCAGUGAAGGACCGCAGCAGAAUUGGGAACCUGACAGUGUGCAGUCUCGUGGAGAUGCUCCGUCUGGCAGCCCGGGCCAACAGCUCUGCACUGCUCAACAUACGCAAGCCUUUACCGGACCACCCGCGCUUCCGCAGCUGGUUUAUGGACACACUGUGGACUCUGCAGAAAGCAGGCAUUUCUCAGAAAAAGGUAACAUGGACCCCCGACACAGACAGAGGAAGGGUGCGAGGGCUUCAGCAGGCCACAAAGGAGAAGCUGUCACUGCAGGAGAUAAAGCAACGGGGAAUUACAAGUCUGACCCUUGACUACAGAAAGACCAACCUCAGAGAUAUACAGAAAUAUCUGGCCAGUAAUGUGAGUGUGACUGUCUACCCUGUCAACGAGCCCUGGCUCUAUUCACUUCUGUGGUGUAGUGGGGUGCCUUCUGUGUCUUCUGAUGCCCCUCACAUUCUCCGAAAAGUGCCUUACCCUGUCUGGCUCAUGAGUCGCAGUGCUUACAACUUCAUCUGGAUCACUUCAGACCUGGUCUCCCUAGCUGUUGUCAUGGGGAUUUUCUUUUUCCAGAACUAUCACAUGAUCAGGUGGAGGAUUAGUGGAAUGCAGAAUUAUAAUCCAGAACAAAUUAUGCUGAGUGCUGUGGCACGGCGGCCCAGUCGAAAUGUCAACAUCAUGAAGGAGAAGCUGAUUUUCUCAGAAGGAGACAAUGGGCUGGGAAGCCCAGAGGAAAUCUGUGAAAUUGGGAACAUGAGAUAUUCUCAUGGAGACCUCAGCUGCUGAACAAACAAUUGAAGUUUGAACUUUGAUUAAAUGUAUUUCCUAAUGAGAAAAUAUGGAAUUAGAGCUGACUGAAGUAUGAAGUUCUGAUUUAAUCUCACUGUUUCUCAUAAAAUGUUUUUCCACUUAGCUUAACACUGUAACACUAACAAAGUAACACUAACACUUUAACAUUAACGCUGUAACACUAACAAAGUAACACUUUAACAUUAACAAUGUUACACUAAAACUGUAGCAAUGUAACAAAGUAACACUAACACUGAUGCUAACACCCCAACACUAACAGUUAAACUAACACCGUAACACUAACACCCCUACAGUAAGACUGUAACACUAAAACUAACACCAACACUGUAACACUAACACUGUAACAAUGUAACACUAACAAUGUAACACUUUGUAACACUAACACUAACACUGUAACAAUAUAACACUAAAACUUUCACUAACAACGUAACAUUAACAAUGUAACAUUAACAUUGUAACACUGUAACACUGUAACACUAAC